AUGGAGAAUGUGGCAGUUCACGAACGCACAUACGCGGCACAGAUCAGUCAAAGAGCGGCGGGUACCAAGAAACACACACCAGAAGAUGCUUUGAGUAUAUACGUCGAAGCUAAUUUGACGGUUAAUCAAUACGAGAUGAUCCAUCAGGCCAACAAAGAUCCGUGCUAUACCUACGUGCAGAGUGCUAAACAAGAUUGUUACCCCCCAAAAAGCGUCAGUGAGACAGUUGCAGAGGUGAAGCUCCAAGAUUUAUUGGAUCAAACAUCGCGAUUGUGUAAAUAUUUGGAACCAGUUCUCCAGCAAUGCAUCCAGAGUACAGACACAGAUUUAGUGCUCAUAUAUCAGUGGGGAUGUGAUGGAUCCACUCAAAGCCAAUACAAACAAAAAUUCGAGGAAGACGGAAAUAGUGAUGCAAACAUAUUUUUAGGUUUCCUUGCGCCCCUUCGUCUUAUACAGGAGAAGGAAAAAAUUAAGCGGAAAGGAGGAGCAGAAAAAGAAAGAGAGCGCAAAAAAAAGAAACUGUUAGAAGAAGCGGCAAAAUGCAGAUCAUUAGAUACGUUUUCGUUUUUUAAUCCGCAAGAACAGCCGCGGCCAUCGACAUCUAAAAUGUCUGAACCUUUAAAAAAUACACCCGUAUCUACGAUUAUGCAAGAAAGUUCGCCUAAAAAUAAAAAAAAUAUUGAAAUUUUAAGGCCCACUUUAUCCAGCGAAAUGAUCUCGCAGCCCAUAGUGCCUUUUGAAAUUGACAAAGAAUAUUGUUUGGAACCCGACUUUUUUAAAAGACCGACAAAAGAAGAGCUAGGAUUUUUUUUUGAAUAUCAUCCAAAAAUUCCAAAUAAGAAUGAAGCGCAUUCAUUACCUUUUAAUGUAGAAAAUGUUUUUAAAAGAUCACCAACAGAGGGUGAAAGAAAGUGGAUUUCCUUUAAUGACAAAAACAAUUCCCUUUUUUGUUGUGUUUGUUUAGCCUUUUCUGGAAUCAAUGAAAAAAAUAUUUUUACUCAAGGAAUGUCUGACUGGAGACAUGUUUACCAAAGAAUAAAUGAACACGAAAUUUCCAAUCAACAUACAAAUUCUGUCACUUCGUAUUUUAGAUUUGUCGCAAACAAAUGCAUAAACAAGUUAUUGUGUGAUUCUGAAAUAUUAAAGAAAAAACAAUCCAAAAUUACUCAAAAUAGGGAAGUAGUUCACCGAGUUAUAGAUGUUAUUAAACUUAUUAGCAAAAGAGGAUUGUCAUAUCGUGGUAAAACAAAUGAAGCCGCGUACACCCUGGAUUCAGAGAAUGAGCACAAAGAUCAUGGCACCUUCUUGGAAAUUAUUUUGCUUUUAUCAAAAUAUGAUAUUGUACUUAAAAACCAUCUUGACAGCGCAAUUGAAAUAAGCAAAAAAAAUGAAGAAAAAGGCAUAAAAAACAGAACAGGAAAUUUUGUUACUUUUAUUUCAAAAACAACGGUCAAUAUGCUUAUUAGUAUAAUAACUACCGACAUUAAAAAGCUAAUCUUUGAACAAAUUAAGUCAUCUGGUAUGUUUUCCCUGGAACUUGACACUACGCAGGAUAUUUCAGUAAUGGACCAAUGUUCUGUUGUUGUAAGAUACGUAUAUCAAAAACAAGUUAUGGAAAGACUUGUAGCUGUAGUUUCCUGUCACGAUAGCACUGGACAAGGAUUUCAUGACAUUAUUAAUAACGUACUACAAAAAAAUGAUUUAGACGUUGGAUUUUGUAUCGCUGAUUCAACAGAUGGGGCAGCUAAUAUGCAGGGGAAAUAUAAUGGAUUCACCGUUAAAAUGCAAGAUCAAAAUCAAAAUCACGUGCAUAUUUGGUGUUAUGCACAUAUUUUGAAUUUAGUGUUAAACGAUAUUUUAAAAGAUAAUUUACAAGCCUCCAACUUAUUUUCUUUAUUAAACACUACAGCUUCAUUUUUUCGAGAAUCUUAUAAAAGAAUGGAUAUAUGGUCUUCUAUUUCUGAAGAUCAAAAUCGGAAAAAACUUGGUUUAAUAGGAACAACAAGGUGGUGGUCAAAAGAAAAAGAAUUAGUCAAAGUUUUUGGAGAAGAACCUCUUUAUAUAGAUCAUGUUUCAUCUUUUAAACUUGAAUUUUUGGUUAACGAUGAAGAAUUUAAGUUUGCUAAAGCAUUAAACAUUGAACAAUGGCAGCCCAAUCAAUCAAAUGAAGAAAAUUCAAAAUCUGACGAUAACGACUGCAAACCACGUCCAUCCGGUGAUGACGAUAGCGAACUACGUCAAUCUGUAGAUGACAAUCGCAGACCACGUCCUUCAGAAAAUGACGGCAAAGCAAGUCCAUCAGGAGACGAUCUCAAACCACGUCCAUCCAAAGAGAACGAUCGCAGACAAUAAAGUUAAAUUUUGAAAUAAGCAAAUACACUACGAUUUAAAAAUAAGAUCGUAUUGAUAUUUAUAUUUACAUUAAUAUUUCAGCAUUUCUUUUAUUUGCUUUGGAUCAUUAUUCAUACACUAGGUUUAG